AUGGAGCGCAAAACAUAUUUAGCAAACAAAGAAACAAAUCCAAGAAAGAAAUACAAUUGGAUUUGUCAUAUAUUUUUCAGGCACUUGAAAAAGUAUUUUUAUAAGAUCGGAUUUAUGAUAAAUUUUAUUUCUAGCUGGCAAUUACCGCUAAUUAUUAAAACAUGGAAACAAGCUGGUCAACAUGAAUCGUACAUGAAUCUUGAAGAACAUGACUCGGAACAACUUGGAGAUCGUCUUGAAUACAAUUGGAGGAAGGAAUGUUUACAAAAAAAACCUUCAUUAAAACGUGCACUCAUCAGAACAUUUGGACAUGAGUUUUUGAUUAGCAAUCUCCUCUUUUUACCGGCCGAUUUAUGUUUUACGUAUAAGAAUGAUUUUUUUUAUGAUCCACAUAUAAAAAUAUUUUACAGCUUAGUUCAACCGACGUUGAUAAAGCUACUUCUUGAUGACCUUGCUGCCAAACAAACAAAAAAAGUUCUUUUUUAUCUAUUGGGAGUAUUGGGAGUCUCAUUUAUUCGGCCUAUGUCUUUUCAUUUAUUUUGUUUAACGAUUUCUUCUUUGGGCCUCAAACUUCGAAUUGCUUGUAGUACUUUAAUUUAUCGAAAAAUAUUAACAAUGAAAAAAAAUACUCUGGAAAAAAAUUCUUUAGGAAACAUCGUUAACUUGUUAUCAAAUGACAUUGAAAGGUUUGAUAACAUUAUGCUAACACCAUACACUUGGUUAACUCCCAUCAAACUAAUAGCUUCUGUUUUGUACUUGUAUUUGACAUUUGAUUAUUUUGCUUUGACUGGAAUCGGAGUUUUAUUAAUAUUGUUGAUUUGUCAAAAUUAUGUCUACAAAAACAUCUCUAGCAUAAGAAUGAAUGUGGCAAAGAAAACUGACCAUAGAAUUCGUUGGAUGAAUAGUUUUCUUAACGGAAUUCAGGCUAUUAAAAUGUACACUUGGGAAAAACUGUUUGAAAAGUUCAUACUUGAGGCUCGGGAAUCUGAGUUGGAGGAGAUAAGCAAAGCAAAUCAUUUUCGUUGCACUAACAACAGUAUUAGAUUAUAUUUAGGGAAACUUUCCGUUUAUUUAUGUAUUCUGGCAUUAGUAUUAGUUAAGGAGGUUCCUCUAACACCAUCAUAUAUUUUUGCUCUGAUUGCAAUUUAUGAAAUCUUGAGACUAUCAACAGGACAAUUCCUUCUUUUGGGUGUUACACAACUUGCUGAAAUCGUAAUUUCCAUUGACAGAAUUGAGACAUUUCUUUUGCAUGAUUUUGCUAAAUCUGAAAAUAAUUCAACCAACAUAAACAAACCUCUAGGUGUUCACGUUCAAGAGUUAACAGUUAAAUGGAAUUCGACCACUGUUUUAGAAGAUGUUAAUUUUGAAGCACUUUCUAACCAAUUAGUGGCCCUCAUAGGUCCUGCCGGUGCUGGAAAAUCAACAUUUCUUCAAACAUUGUUAAGAGAGACUGAAAUCUAUAAAGGAUGUGUUGAUUUGAUCGGAAGUGUUUCUUACGCUCCACAAGAACCUUGGAUUUUUUCAUCUUCAGUAAAACAGAAUAUUUUAUUUUGUGAAGAAUUUGACGAAGACCGUUAUCGUAGAGUUAUCAAAGUUUGUAGAAUGGAGCAAGAUUUAGCCCUUUUUUCCCACGGUGACAACACAUUGGUUGGUGAAAAAGGAGUGAUGUUGAGUGGAGGACAGAAAGCUCGCAUUAGUUUAGCGAGAGCUGUUUAUAGAAAUGCCGAUAUUUAUCUUCUAGAUGAUCCCUUAUCGGCUGUUGAUGGUUAUGUAGGAAGACAAAUUUUUGAGCAAUGUAUCUUGAAAUUUUUGAAGGGGAAAUGUGUAGUGAUAGUGACCCACCAGUUACAGUUUGUCAAAACUGUGGAUAAAGCAUAUUUUGUAGCUAACGGGAAAAUAGUGCCUAUUGAAAAAACAACACAGUUGGAUAUGCCAAUAGCAGAACUUAAUGUGGCAAAAAUUGACGACAGUUUUCUACAACAUAAUUUUGAAAAAUCGGAAUCAGAAGAAAAUAUCACAAAUCGAAGUGGUGUUUUGAAAAAUUAUCUACAAGCUGGAGGGACAUUCACAUGGACAUUCUUACUAUCAUUUUUGUUGAUUUUGACACAAAGUUUGAGCAUUAUUAAUGAUUAUUUUCUGGCACUUUGGAUCAAUUUAACUGAAAAUUAUAUACAGUCUUUAAACUACUUUUAUGUCUACAGUGCACUUGUGUUUUUUCAUAUUUUUGUAACUACUGUUACUUCCAUCAGUUUCGUUAAAUAUUGUCUUAGAGCUUCAAGAACUUUUCAUGAUGCAUUAUUUAAACAAAUUGUCAAAGGCUCAAUGUCUUUCUUCAAUUCUUUUUCUUCAGGUACUAUUUUUAAUUUAUUUUCUAAAGAUAUUGGUGGAAUUGACGAAUUUAUACCAUUAUCACUUUAUAUGACUUUAACACAAUUUUUAUUAGUCUCUGGAUCAAUUGUUUUCAUUAUUAUUGUAAAUUAUUGGAUGAUUUUGCCUACAGCUGCACUUGUGUUAAUUUUAAAAUUGUGUAGUGAGCCAUUUCGAUCGACUGUAAGGAUUUUAAGACGUCUGGAAGCCAUUAAAAGAAAUCCGAUCUACAGCCAUGUUGUCGCAACAGUACAAGGAAUAACAGUAAUUAAAACCUCCAACUGUCAGAAAAUGUUAGAAGUAGAAUUUUGCAACUAUCAAAAUGAUCAAGCGUCUACGUUUUAUCUGUUUAAAGCAACAUAUUUUGCUUUUGCUUUUUGGACAGAAAUAUUAUCAUUUAUUUACAUAGCAUUUGUUCUUUGCUUCUACUUUACAUUUACCGAAGAUAUUUAUUUAGGAAAUGCUGGGAUAAUCAUAACACAUGCAAAUUUAUUAAUCGCUAUUUUACAAUAUUUGAUUAGGCUUUUGGGUGAACUAGAUGCAAGUCUAAUUUCAGUUGAACGUGUGUCGAAAUUUGAAAUAACAGAAGAAGUUGAUGAAGGGGUUUUAGAAGUAUCACAAAACUGGCCUGCAAAAGGAAAUAUCGUUUUUGAUUUGGUUUCUAUGCAUUACUCACCAGAUAAAAAUUUUGUGCUCAAUAAAAUUGACAUUCAAAUAAAAGGAGGGGAGAAAGUUGGCAUAGUUGGUAGAACUGGUGCUGGAAAAUCAUCUUUAAUUGCGGCACUUUUCCGUUUAUUUCAUUUUGACGGCUCAAUUCUGAUCGAUGAUAUCAACACCAAGUUAAUUCCUCUUCAAGUACUACGUUCGAAAAUUUCGGUUAUCCCUCAAGAUCCCGUCUUAUUUCAAGGAAGUUUACGACAGAAUUUAGACCCUUUUAAUGAAUUUAGCGAUAUUGAAAUAUGGACAGCUUUGGAAGAUGGUUGCAUGAAAAAAGUUGUUAAAAGUUUGGAGGUUCCGAUAAAUGAAGGAGGUUCAAAUUUUAGUGUUGGACAAAAACAAUUGUUAUGUUUGACUCGUGCUAUUUUGAAAAAAGCCAAAAUUAUAGCAAUUGACGAAGCUACUGCUAAUGUUGAUUAUGAGACUGAUGAAUUUAUUCAAAGCACUAUUAAGAAAAAAUUUAGUGAGGCAACAGUUUUGACGAUUGCACACAGGGUGAAUACUGUUUUGGAUUCCGAUAAGAUUUUGGUGAUGGAGGAAGGAAGGGUUGUGGAGUUUGGAACGGUCGAAGAACUUCAAAAUUUGCAGGGACACUUUCAUCGUUUUGUUACAGUUAAUGUCAAUGAAUAAAAUACUAAGAUUUUUGUAUCAAGAUUUUUUCUGCUUUUCAUUUACAAAACAGCUUCUACAGCAUCAGGGCCGUACCCA